GCUACAUCCCUCCACCAUUUCACUUCCUCCCAUGCGCAUUCUUCAAUUCUUCCAUACUCGUCUACCCUAGCAAACGCAUGAUCCUUUCGUGCAAUAGAUAUUGACACCGCCCGAAUCAUGGCCGGCGGCAGUACGUUCACGUGGAAGCACGCUCUCAAACUUCACUCCACUCUCUCCCCAUUUGACUCGCCCGUGCCAAUGACCCAUCCGGCCUUCAAAGACGUCAAGCCCGUCUCAUGGAGACGUCUGAACAUUUCCGGGCUGCUGGUAACUGUAUACGGCCUGGAAGAACUGCCCAACCAGCCCGGCGAGGUGGCGUGCUGCUGGCUUCUCCAUGGCCGCGGCGACACUCAAGACAGCAUGGGCCUGGUCGCCGGCGCCUUCCUCCACGCCUGGAACUCCAAACGCAAGCCCGGACAGAAAAGCCUGAUCUGCGUGUGCAUCGAUCAUCGCAACCAUGGGUCCAGAAUGCUGGACAACCUCGCAAAUGUCAGCUGGAAGCAGGGAAACCCCAGUCACGGCCCCGACAUGUUCAACACGUACACCGGCACCGCCCUGGACGUUUCCCACCUCAUCACCCACCUUCCCAACUACCUGCCCUUCAAGAUCAGCCAGCACAUCUGCGGCGGCGUUAGUCUCGGCGGCCAUGCGACGUGGGUGCUACUAUUGAACGAACCACGCAUCACCGCCGGAAUGGUCGUGGUGGGAUGUCCGGACUACGUUCGACUCAUGACCGAUCGGGCGAUACGAAGUCGAGUACAGUCGGCGGUGGGCACCGACCCUCCCGGGCGACACUUUGUGGGCUCCAAAGACUUUCCUCCAUCCUUGGUGGAUGCCAUAGAGCGCUUUGACCCCGCCGGAAUCUUGCUCGGCGAGCUCGACAUGGUAACCGGCGACGAUCACCUACACACGCCAUCUCCAGCGGAGCAGGCCAGAUUACGACCCAUCAUGACCCAGCGACUGGCCGGCAAGAAGAUCAUCUCGUUGGCCGGGGCUAGUGAUGGGCUGGUUCCGUACAAGCAGUCGGAGCCCUUUCUCACGUGGCUCAAGAAAGCCGUGGACAAGAACGGCGGUUGGUUCAACGAUCAAGGUACCGAGUUGGAGGAUAUUGUCGACGCCAAGGCAAGGCAUGAGUUCUCGUCUCCUCUUCGGAAAGAGGCGGAGAGGUGGUUGUGUGAUAUUCUAGCCGCCGAGACACCCCCUAUGCCUCGAGACAGCAAGUUGUGACAUAGAGUCUUCCAUAAAACUUGUACACACCUAUAGUGUAACUGCACAUUAAACGUCUUUAUAAUCUACGAUUAAUAAAGCGCCGGACCUGCGGCCGUCUUCGCU